UAUGCGAACAUAUCCCAGAGUGCAAUGCGGCAAUUGGCAAACGGGUAAUGUUGUGGGACGAUAAACACAUUUUGCGGUUGUCAAUUUAUAGCUGCUAAUAGCUGACUGGUGCUGGAAGAACAUCGUAUGGUUCGAAGGAGGGGGAAGAUUUGCUUUUGACUGAACGGCCUUGGCCCCGCGUUCGACAGCAUGGAGAAACAGUUGCAUUUGAAUGUGUUAGCUUCCAGACCUCCCGUGUCAGGAGGCUUGCAGUCGCGGUCUAAAAUGAGAAUGGGACCUGGACGGAAGAGAGACUUCUCCCCACUCUCCUGGAGUGAAUACUUUGAAGCGAUGGAAGAUGUAGAAGUGGAAAACGAUAACGGCAAAGAUACGUUCAGAAUCUACUGCAGCGGCCAGCAUGGUCCUGUGCUGCUCCUGCUCCAUGGAGGAGGCCACUCUGCUCUCUCCUGGGCUGUGUUCACUGCGGUGAUAUACAACAGAAUUAACUGCCGGGUGGUGGCUAUGGACCUCCGGGCCCAUGGUGACACAAAAGUAAAGAAUUCUGACGAUCUCUCAGCGGAAACAAUGGCCAAAUGGGAGGAAACUGGACGGGACCUGAGGCAGUGUUGGAGGAUUACUGUAAGGGGGUGGAGAGAACCUGUUGGAGAGCGAGGAGGACUGAGUCAGAUGAGCUAUCGGCUGCUGCUGUCUCCCAUUGAGACACUGAUCUGCUGUUUGAUGGACAUUGGCAAAGUGGUGGAAACACUCUAUGGAGAAAACCCACCUCCGAUCAUGAUGAUUGGACACAGCAUGGGUGGAGCUAUAGCAGUUCAUACCGCUGCGGCAAACCACGUGCCGUCUUUACUUGGCCUGUGUGUGAUUGAUGUUGUGGAAGGCACAGCAAUGGAUGCCUUAAACAGUAUGCAGAAUUUCCUCAGGAGUCGGCCAAAGACCUUUAAGUCUGUGGAGAAUGCCAUUGAGUGGAGUGUGAAGAGUGGACAGAUCCGAAACGUUGAGUCAGCCCGGGUGUCCAUGGGAGGCCAGGUGAAAAAAUGUGAGGAACCCCUCAACAGUCCAGGCGUCUCCAAGAGCAUCAGAGACGGCAUCAUUGAAGAGGAAGAGGAGGAAGAAGAGGAAGGAGAAUCCAACCACAAAAGAAAGAAGGAGGAUGACCAAGAGGUGAAGAAGGAUACCCUUUAUACCUGGCAGAUUGAUCUAUCAAAGACAGAGAAGUACUGGGAGGGCUGGUUCAGUGGCCUGUCUGCCCUAUUCCUUUCCUGUCCUGUGCCAAAACUGCUCCUGCUCGCUGGUGUGGACAGGCUUGACAAAGAUCUCACAAUUGGACAGAUGCAAGGGAAGUUCCAGAUGCAGGUGCUCCCUCAGUGCGGCCAUGCUGUCCAUGAGGACGCCCCUGAAAAAGUAGCAGAUGCUCUGGCCUCGUUCAUGGUCCGUCACAAGUUCACUGAAUUUAAGGAGGGUUUCCUGUGCUAACGGGACUCAAAUCAACUACAUAGACGAGUGCCAGUUUUGCCCUGGACCCAUCCAGCAGUCAUGGAGGAGUUGCCUGGAGCCUCAAGGACACCAUCUUCUGCCAAUUACCCCCAACUGCGAUAAAAUAAUGUUCAUGAGCACUAUAUAACACUAUACAAAAUUCUCAGCACUUAACUUGUUAAAAAUAUAUAAUUUAAAUGUAUUGUUAUUAUUACUACUUAUACAUUAACACUUAUGGUUUUGCCUUUUUCCCCCCUUUUUUUUGAAAGCAGGUAUUUUGUUUCACCCAUCCCACUCAACAUUUAUUUUAAUUUCCUGUGAUGCCUUUCCUGUUUCUUGUUACAUUUUGGCCAGCUGCAUCUUGUUGUGCUAUGUGUUUAAUGUUGUUGGAUUUUAAGAAUGAUUAAUAAAAAUGAAAAAGGAA